AUGGACGAAAGCAUAUUAAGCGCAGCAGACGAAAUAGAGCACAGUGCAAUUGAGGAAAUCGCUGGCGUUCCCAAUGCGGACAAAAACAUGGCAGUGUGUUCAUGUAGAGGAAUGUGCCUGAGAGAAAAAGGCAGAAAUGCUUGCCCAUGUAAAGAAACAGGACAGUUUUGCUCUUCUGUUUGCCACCCAGACAGUACUUCGUGUUGGAACCGGCUCAACCAAAGUGAUACUGAUAAUUCGAGUGAAACGUCAGAAGGUGAAACACAGGUACGUACGUUUUGAAAAGAUGUAAGAAAUUCUGUAUUUAAUACCCGCUCCUGGAUUCUAGUUUUUGAAAUGUACAUGUUACAAUUUUAGGGAGCAUACGAGCAUGAUAGUGACGAGGCUUAUGACAUUCAGGAACCAAGUGCAAAGCGAGCGAGGGGGCGUGCACGCGGUCAAAGAAAAUUUGGCGAAACCUCUUCUCGGGAUCGUGAAACUGCCUCGGAAACCAUACGUGGAUCGAGAGCUAGAGGUCGCGGUAGAAGUCGUGGUAGAAGUCGUGGUAGAGGUCGCGGUAGUGGUGUAGGUCGUGGACGAUUACAGGCUGAAGAAAACGCUGAACAACGUGUGGUGGACCACGAACAACAGCUGCAGGUAUGGUAGCUCAUAUUUGAAAUACCCCUUUUCCCAUUUGUUCUUUUAUUAUAGUAGACACAGUUUUCUACUAUUAGCCAUUACUGUAUAUAUGAUUAUAUUGGGGUUAUCAUCUAAAAUACGAUCUGUGGGUGGUCACUAUAUAGGACACACCUUCACUAUGAUGUAUAUACUCCUAUGUAAUAUACUUCUAUAAUUUUCAAUCUUAGGGUGUAUUGAAUCCCUGAUUCGUGUUUCAGAAUGGGUAACUAAAGAGUUUUAGCUCAUCAACAAAAUUGUGAUGUUAGCUAAUAUGCCAACCAAUUUAUACUGUUAACAUACCCCCCUUCCCCCGGCAUUUGACAACUUGCUCUAUCCCCAGAGUGAGAAAUUUGACCUUUUGAACUGCUGUUAGGGUAGAUAAUUUUAUGCUAUGUCACAAAACAUGGGGCAUUUGACCAUUUAAUACACCAAAUUGCAUGAAGUCUGAGAUAAUUUGAAUAGCAUUUUUGUGCUGGAAGUGAGAGAUAUGACAGCAACAUUUCAAAAAUUUCAAAUGCCCAGGUGUAUACCUGGGGGAAUGUUAAGAGUAUAAAUUGAUUGGCACAUAAACUGACAUGGUUGUGGCAAGAAUCAUAUGUUGUUAAGCUAAAUUUAUACUAUACUGAAAGUGUAUAUAUGUUUUUUUAGAAUUUAGUUGCAAAUAUGGAUUUGGAUGCAUUAAGAAGGUUGGCACUUGAAUUGCUUCGAAGACAGCCGGCAACAUUUGCUGACUUGGUGAAUGGUGAGUUACCAUUUGUACAAGGGCAAUUACCAGAUCCAGAUGAUCCAGAUAGGCCAGACCCUCCACCAGAUGAAAGUCCUGAAUGGUGUUUUUGUGGCUGUUGUGCUCCAAUGCCUUCCCAAGAUGAGAACAAAUGUUGUUCAAGACGACUCAUGCCUUGUAUUACCAUUAAUCCUCUAUUUAAUCAGCUUGUGCUUGAUGCAAAUGUCCUGGACAUUGCGAUGAGAUACAGAGAGGACAUAUUAGUUAUGGAUCAUCCCAGAAACAAUGAAAACUUUCGUCAUUCUGCAUACCGGCAGUUUGUUUUAUGGCAGCAUGGGCGGUUGGGCAGGGGCAACAGAGUAGUUCUACCAAGUUGUUGUGUUCUUGCAAUAAGAGCAAGAUAUCCCUCUCCAAAUGGAGUUUAUACAGGUUUCAGGCCUGCUAGACUUUAG